GAAAGAUUUAAUAAACUCUGAUUCACUUUAGAUGGCAGUUUUGAAAGAAAUAGAUCAUCUGACUUUUCCGAAUGCUCUGCGUGUCUUUUUGGCUCUUGUUGCUAUGAACUAUUGUUCGUAUCCAAUCCUGACUGCCUGCAGUAAAAAGAUCCAGGAAAAUGUCCAUGAUGUUCCAUUUCGGCACUUAAUUCUCAUUCUGGAAGCUUGUCAUACUCUCCAGUACCGUAAUGUAAAACUGUUUUCAGCAUUAGCAGACUAUGUUAAUUCCACUGCCUGCCUCUGGGACAAAAGACAGAUUAUCCUUUUUCUUUCUGCCUGUGAGGCACUUGGCUUUCAGCCUAGUGAGUUGAUGGAGAUUUUUGCUGAGAAGCUGACCGAAGACCCUGAAUUCCUUAACUUGAAAAAUCUUUUGAUUGUUCUCCGAGUGUAUUCACGACUCAACUAUGUUCCCAGAGUCCAAAAGCAUCGGUUUUUUGAGACCCUUCAAAGCGGCUUGAAUAAAUGCCUGCCUCAGAUUUCCGACACAGAACUGCUGAAGGCAGCGUAUUCACUUUGCAUCUUAGGUUAUCUUCCCCAUCAAGCACUGGAUGAGCUGCUGCAAAAGGACAGCAAGGAUGAACUUAUACUGUCAGAUGAUCUUUACAAAGAACAAAAGGAAAUGAUGCUUCGCUGUGUGAAAACGUGUAUGGAACUUGAUAGCCCUUCCUUCACGAAGCCUGCAUUUGUGGUGACUGAGAAUUCGCCCUCAUUGGUCUCUCUUAGUCUCAGAAAGGCUCAGGAGGCACUGAUAGAGCUUCUGGGAGAUGAGAACAUGUUUCGGCAAAAUGUUCAGCUGCCAUAUAAAUAUCACGUUGAUUUUGAAAUCAGAAUGGAUUCAGAAGGAAAAAAAGUGCUCCCUAUAACUGCAACAGAUGAUCAUCCUGACCCAAGUGUUCAAAGAUUGGCUCUUCUGUUUGUUCCUCUGUCUACUUUCUGCGUGGGUACAACGCACCCCCAAGGGAAGCUGGCAAUGAAGAAGCGGCAUCUAAAUAAACUAGGCUAUCACGUGAUUCUGAUCCAGAACAGGAAGUUUCAGGAAAUGACAAAGGAAGAUGCAGUUGAGUUUUUGAAAGGAAAAAUUUAUUUAGAAAAUACUUCCUCUUCUUCUGAAGCAACUGUGCAGGAUAAUAAUUAAAAUAAACUAAAAAUUUUGGGUCUCCUGA